AUGCCCCUACCGUUCGUUGGGCGUCUGACCUUCACCGAAUACAUCGCCCUGAUCGGCUCCUUCAUGCUGGUUGGGAUCGAGGCUUUUGUCCGCUUGUUCACCCUCGCCCUUCCUACAUCCCUCCUCGACCUCCUCUAUGCCGCCUCCCAAAGCGUGUUCAACCGCCUGGCCAGUCCGGCUCGGACUCGGCCAGAGCGCAGGCAAUCUCUAACAACCGCCGUCCGCAACGCAACUGACUUCGUCGACCUCUGCGCCGUCUUCGGCUACACAGCCGAAGAGCACGUCGUGCAAACCAAAGACGGCUACCUGCUCGGCGUGCACCGUCUAGCCUGGCGCAAAGGUGAAGAAGGCGCGCGCGUGAACUGCGGCAGCGCUCCGGGGAGCAUCCAGAAGCCUGUCGUCUACCUGCACCACGGGCUGCUUAUGAACAGCGAGGUGUGGGUUUGCCUGACUGACGAGCAGCGCGCGCUGCCGUUUGUGCUCGUCGAGCGCGGGUAUGACGUGUGGUUGGGCAACAACCGCGGGAAUAAGUACUCCAAGAAGUCGAUCCAGUGGUCUCCUUCCAGGAACGAGUUCUGGAACUUCUCGAUCGAUGAGUUCGCGUUUUACGACAUUCCCGACACGAUCGCUUACAUCCUGGAUACCACCGGCCAGCCGUCGCUAUCGUAUAUCGGCUUUUCUCAGGGUACCGCACAAGCGUUUGCUUCCCUCUCAAUCCAUCCCCGCCUGAACGACCAAGUCAACGUCUUCAUUGCCCUCGCACCCGCCAUGUCGCCCGCUGGCCUCUCCAACGGCAUUGUCGACGCGCUGGUCAAGGCCUCUCCGCAACUCCUCUUCCUCCUCUUCGGUCGCCGCUCGAUCCUCAGCUCAGCCGCCAUGUGGGAAUCCCUGCUCUACCCGCCCCUCUUCUGCAAGCUGAUCGACAUGGGUUUGUCUUUCCUCUUCGCCUGGCGCACCGAGAAUAUUUCCCCCUCGCAGAAAACCGCGGCGUACCCCCAUUUGUAUUCCUUCACUUCUACUAAGUCGGUCGUGCACUGGUUCCAAAUCAUCCGAACCAAGUCCUUCCAGAUGUACGACGACGACGUGCCCUCCCUUUUAUGGGGCGCUGGUUCCGGUGUGGGCGUCGGCACGACCAGCACAAGGCGGUACACAAAGGUCGCCAAGUACCCGACGAAGAAUAUCAAGACACCCAUUGUGCUUGUGUAUGGGGGGAGCGACUCGCUGGUGGAUAUUGAGGUGAUGAGACGGGAACUGCCGCCGGGGACGGUGGCGACCGAGAUCAAGCAUUAUGAGCAUUUGGACUUUUUGUGGGCGAGUGAUGUGCAUGAGCUGGUAUUUCCUAGAGUGUUUGAGGCGUUGGAGAAGUACGCGGGGGAUGGGGAGGAGAAGAUGAUGAAUACUGGGAGGAAGAAGAAGCGGUAG